GCCAGGGGCAGCCCCGUCUGGUAUGAGCAGCACCUCGUGCGGCGACCAGCAAGAGAUGUACGCAACGGCGAUCUCGUCUAUACUUUCGCCAGCUGACGCGAGCUUUUUCGGCGGCGGAGGUGGUUCCGGGGCCGAAACGGUGACAAAUUUUUGCGAGGAAGGAACCGCUGCGCACGGGAUUACGAAGGGAACGGUGGAGGCCGAUCUACCAGCGACCUUGAUUGACGACUUCAGCCACUGGCUAUCUGUCGACGAGAAAAGCGGCAGUAUCGUAAUUGAGUUUAUUCCGCUGGAAAAGUCACGAGCUUCGUCUGCGUCUUCCUCUGGAUUUUGCUCCGACGCCGAGUUCGUUUAUCGUGGAGACACUAAAGAGAUCGCGCAUUGUGCGUCCGGCAGACGUUUUCUUGAUAUCAACUCCGAAACCGUGCGAAUUCUUGGAGAAAAAAUUUUUCGUCGGCUCGAGCUUAUCAACAUGAUGCAAGUGUUUGCCGGGCCGUCGGUCCACCAGCGCAGCGACGAGAGAAAAGACAGCGACGCAGAUGCUUUGGUAGUCGUGAAACUGCCACGUUUGCAGGACCUCACCUUCCAAGUUCUCCCUCUGCGCCACGACGCAGGCACGUUCGGGGAUGCAAGGCAGGCACCGCUUCGGGAUCGCCUGCGGAAACACCUACUCGAGGAGCACUUGGAUCGCGUCAAUCUGGUUUACUCGCCCGAUAAAGCGCUGUAUGUUUCUCCGCAGCAAGAGUUUGGAACACUCCUGGGACUUCAGCAGGGCCUCUUGCUGUGCGCGACUCCGCGUGACGCAGCGGGUCUGCGAUCGAGACGUGUGUUGCUGUUGCCCCACGCAGCGGCAACUCGAGAUGCCAAGGGGGCGACCGUAAUGGCAC